UUCCAUCAGAAACCAUGCAGCCCCUUCAAUUUUCAAACAAGACACACAACAACAAAUUGUACAUACCUUCCCUUGGCCUCACUCUUGUGCUGCUGAUCUCCUUGGCCUCUCCCGCAAGUUCCUGCACGGAGCAGGAGAAGACCUCCCUUCUCCAGUUCCUCACCGAGCUCUCAUGGGACAGUGGUCUUGCCGCUUCAUGGCAGAACAACACGGAUUGCUGCAAGUGGGAAGGGAUCACCUGUAGGCAAGAUAGGAUGGUUGCCAAAGUCAUGAUGGCUUCAAAAGGCCUAGAGGGGCACAUCUCGGAGUGCCUUGGAAACCUCACCAGGCUGCAGUAUCUUAACCUCUCUCACAACUCGCUGUCUGGUGGUCUGCCGCUGGAAUUGGUGUCGUCCAACAGCAUCACCGUCCUUGAUGUCAGCUUUAACCAGCUCAAUGGAACACUCCACGAGUUGCCAUCUUCAACCCCUGCUCAACCCCUGCAGGUACUGAACAUCUCAAGCAACCUAUUUGCAGGACAGUUUCCAUCCACCACAUGGAAAGCAAUGGAGAAUCUGAUAGCACUCAACACAAGUAAUAACAGCUUUACAGGGCAGAUACCAACUCAUUUCUGUAGCAGUUCACGAUCCCUCGUUGUGCUAAAUCUAUGCUUAAACAAAUUCAGUGGCAACAUCCUGCAGAAACUUGGUAAUUGCUCCAAGCUGAGAGAGCUCAGGGCCGGCUACAACAAUCUCAGUGGAACACUUCCAGAUGAACUCUUCAAUACUGCCACACUGGAGCACCUGUCUUUUCGUAACAAUGAUUUACAUGGAGCUAUUGAUAGUACACGCACAACCAACCUCAGAAAUCUUGUAACUCUUGAUCUUGGAGGGAACAGAUUUGGUGGAAAGAUUCCAGAUUCGAUAGGCCAGCUCAAGAAGUUGGAGGAGUUCCAUUUGGACAACAACAAAUUCUCAGGGGAGUUGCCAUCAGCUCUAAGCAACUGCACGAAUCUCGUAGCAAUUGAUCUCAAGAAAAACAAUUUCAGUGGACAGCUCGCCAAGGUCAAUUUCUCCAACCUGCCAAAUCUAAAGACAUUAGAUGUUUACUUCAACAGCUUCACCGGCACAGUUCUAGAAAGCAUAUACUCUUGCAGCAAUCUAACUGCACUGCGGGUAUCUACCAACAAAUUAACAGGGCAGCUUUCACCAAGAUUAAUUGAUCUGAAGUACCUCACCUUCCUAUCACUUACCACAAACUCCUUCAUAAAUAUUGCAAAUGCACUUCACAUCCUUAAGAGCUGCAGGAACCUUACCACUCUACUUAUCGGCAGUAACUUCAAGGGAGAGCUCAUGCCAGAUGACAACACAAUUGAUGGUUUCGAGAAUCUUCACGUUUUGGACAUCGAAAGUUGUAAAUCAUUUGGAGGAAUACCUCUUUGGAUAUCAAAGCUUCGAAAACUAGAGGUGCUAAUCUUAUCUGAAAAUCAACUCAGCGGAUCAGUACCAGCCUGGAUCCAAACACUAAGUGACCUGUUCUAUCUAGACAUAUCAAACAAUAACCUCACAGGGGAAAUUCCAACAACACUGAUGGAUAUGCCAAUGCUGAAGUCAGAGAAGAAUGAAGCCCAUUUGGACCCAAGGGUCUUCGAGCUACCUAUUUAUGCAGCUCCAUCACUUCAAUACUGGGUUCCCAUGGCUUUGCGUAAAGUUCUUGAUCUAAGCAACAAUAAACUCACCGGUGAGAUCCCCAUGGAGAUCGGUCAGUUGAAAUCCCUCCUUUCACUCGACUUAAGCUUCAACCACUUGACAGGACACAUCCCACAAUCGAGUUGCAACCUCACAAACUUGCAGAUGCUAGACUUGUCCAAUAACAACCUCACAGUUGCUAUCCCAGUUGCACCGAACGCCCUGCACUUCCUUUCAGCAUUCAACAUUUCAAACAAUAACCUGGAAGGGCCUAUUCCAUCUGGAGGCCAAUUUGAUACGUUUCAGAAUUCUAGUUUCGAUGGGAACCCAAAGCUGUGUGGCUCUGUCCUCACUCACAAAUGCGAUUCAGCAGAAGCACAUCAAGCCAUCAUUCUGUCAAGAAAACCAACUGACUGCAAGGUGGCCUUUGUGAUUGCCUUCAAUGCUUUCUUUGGUGUAGGCGUGUUGUAUGAUCAGUUAGUCUUAUCAAGGUAUUUUAGCUAG